AUGACAUCUCUCCCGGGCACCGAAGCGGCCCAUCAGCUUGUCGUAUGCGUCCGCAACAAGUGCACCCCUGAAGAAGCCUUGAAUGUUCUCCGCGAACUGCCGAACCCAUUACGCGAAGGCGAACAACCUGCAGCCGCUCAAGCCGCUCCCUACAACCCACUCAAGAUAGAUGUGUUCGUGCAAACGCUGUUGAAUUUGGGCAGUAAAAGCAUAUCGCACAGUUUUGCUGCUAUUUCUAAGUUUCAUUAUGUGUUUAAGAUCCUUGCGGAAUCUGAGGAAGCUCAGAUAUGUAUUCUGCGCAACGUGUGGGAGCUGUGGCAACGGCACCCUCAGAUGGUCUGCGUGCUGGUAGACAAAAUGCUCAAAACUCAGAUUGUGGAGUGUAACGCCGUCGCCACCUGGCUGUUCUCCAAGGAAAUGGCACCUUUCUUCACCCACGGCUACUUGUGGGAAGUGCUCCAUCUAACGAUUGACAAGAUGAAUAAACAUGUCUCCAAAUUGAGUGGCGAAUUACAAGAAGCAAGAGAAGCAUUAGCUAGAGCCGAUUCGAGCAGUUCAGACUCGGAAGACGAGAACAGCAGCAAAAAGAAGAAAGACCAAGACAAACCUACUGAGGAGGCUGUAGAGCGUAUGGAGGAACGCUUAGAAGCGGCGCACAUGGACCAGAAGCGGCUGUUCCUGAUCGUGUUCCAGCGGUUCAUCAUGAUCCUGUCGGAGCACCUGGUGCGCUGCGACACGGACGCGCGCGACCCCGACACGCACUGGUACCGCAGCACCGUGGGCCGCCUGCGACAAGUCUUCCUCAUUCAUCACGAACAAGUACAGAAGUACAGCAGUACUUUGGAAACUCUUCUCUUCACUCAAGACUUGGACCCUCAUAUUUUGGACGUCUUCCACCAGUUUAUUGCCUUGACAGCUUAG